UUUGGUUUGUUUAUCUUUUAAGAUGGUGCGCAUGAAUGUCCUGGCAGAUGCCUUGAAGUCGAUCUGUAAUGCAGAAAAGAGAGGAAAGCGCCAGGUGCUUAUUCGGCCAUGUUCCAAAGUCAUUGUCAAAUUCUUGACUGUCAUGAUGAAACAUGGUUACAUUGGGGAGUUCGAGAUCGUGGAUGAUCACAGAAAUGGAAAAAUUGUUGUCAACCUGACAGGCAGAAUAAACAAAUGUGGAGUUAUCAGUCCAAGGUUUGAUGUGGCUCUGCGAGACAUGGAGAAGUGGACCACAAACUUGCUACCAUCACGACAGUUUGGAUUUCUGGUAUUAACAACGUCUGGGGGAAUCAUGGACCAUGAAGAAGCCAGAAGGAAACAUUUGGGAGGCAAAAUGCUGGGCUUCUUUUUCUAAGUGAUAUCCAUUUGCUGUACAGAAACUAUGGAAUAAACCGAGCGAGCCGUGAAUGGA